AUGAUCAUCCUGCGGCUGGCCGUGAUCGUCGCCGUCGCGGCUCAGGUCUGUUCAGCUGUCCGCCCAUCCUUCAUGACACCGCGGCUCUAUGCGCACCACCAAGCAAAGACGGUUGUUGCCGCAGCCGAAGGUCGAUAUCCCGCACGCAGCAUUUCGGUUCCCGUCGACCACUUCCACAACGACAAGUCCUACGAGCCGCACUCCAACGACACGUUUCAGCUGCGCUAUUGGUUCGACGCCAGCCACUAUCGCGAUGGCGGGCCUGUCAUCGUCCUGCUUGGUGGCGAAACCACCGGGGCGGAGCGACUGCGCUUCAUGGAGAAGGGUAUCCUAUACCGCCUGGCCCGGGCGACCGGGGGCAUGGCCGUCGUGCUCGAACAUCGGUACUAUGGCGCGAGCUUCCCGACACCCAACCUCACAACCGAAAGCCUUCGCUUCCUAACCACGGAUCAAGCCCUUGCCGACACGGCCUUCUUUGCGCAGAAUGUCGUUUUUUCCGGGUUCGAAGCCAAGAACCUGACGUCGCACACCACCCCUUACUUUGCCUAUGGCGGGUCGUAUGCCGGCGCUUUUGCGGCUUUUGCCAGGAAGCUCUAUCCCGAUGUGUUUUGGGGCGCAAUUUCCUCGUCCGGGGUGCCGCUUGCUGUGAUCGACUACUGGGAGUACUGUGAGGCCCAGAGGAAGUUUGCGCCGCCCGAGUGCGUGGCCGUCACUCAAAAGCUCACCAACGUCCUCGACACGAUUGCCCAAAAUGGGAACUUUGAGGACAUGAAGCAACUCAAGGAGGUGUUUGGACUGUCCAACCUCACGAAUCGGCAUGAUUUCGCCAACGUCCUGUCGUCUGGCAUCAUGGGCUGGCAGUCGCUCAACUGGGAUCCAAAGGUGAGCGACAACUCGACGUACGAGUACUGCGCCAACGUCUCUUCCAGCACCAUCAUGUAUCCUGGGACGAGGGCCCUGAGGAAUCAGGUGCGGGACCUGCUGGUCCUGGGCGGGUACGAGGAUGCAAACGACCUGGAGACUCUGACGCCGCAGGUGUUGAACUACAUCGGCUGGAUCAACGCCACCGUCAUCAAUGAUUGCAACGAUAUGGGUGCUACUCAGGACGAGUGCUUCUCGCUCGUAAAGCCGGAUGCUUGGCAAGAUGAUGACCUCAGCACCUGGUCAUGGCGAUCUUGGCAGUAUCAGCCGACCUCGUACCUGUUAGACCCGGCCCAUACAGACAUUAACCUGCAAAACCCUGUGACCAAAAGAUGGGGAUACUUUAUCACUGGUUCGGGGUAUCCCGAAAACGAACUCCCGCUCAUGUCUCGCCUGAUCGACCUACCUUAUCUUACUCUCCAGUGCAAGUACACGUUCAACAUCACUGCACUUCCCGACGUCGACCACAUCAACAAGCUCGGCGGUCUCAAUUUCAGCUACCCGCGCGUGGCUUUUGUGGAUGGCGAAGCCGACCCGUGGCUGUACGCCGGGGUCCAUGCUCCGGAGGCGCCCAAACGCAACUCGACCGACAUGGAGCCGUUCAUGCUGAUCAAGGGCGGGGUGCACCACUGGGACGAGAACGGGUUGUGGGAUAAUGAGACGACGACGGAGCUCCCGCCGAGGGAGAUACUGGAUGUGCAAGCGCAGGAAGUGCAAAUGAUUCAGCGAUGGCUGGGCGAGUGGAGGAAGACGAGGAACGUGUUGGAGAGGCUGCAGUUUAGGUAUACGCUGGAGGGUGCGAUGAACGUGAUGUGA